GGGGCCGGAAGCGGCGCUCUGUGGCGGUGCCGGUGCCGGUGCCGGGGUCGCUCCCGGAGCCGCUCCCGGUUCGGGCCCGAUCGCGGCGCCGGAGCCGCUCCCGGUGCUGGUGCCGGUCCCGGGGCCGGUCCCGGUGCGGGUUCCGGUGCGGGUCCCGCUCCCGGUCCCGCUCCGGUGCCCUCCCGGUGCCGCGGCCAUGCCGCGCUGGGCGCGGGGCUGGCCCGAGGCGCUCAAGGCCCGCGCCGCCCGGUACGCGCUGCAGCGCUGGCUCGGGCCCUUCCUGGAGGAGCCGCUGCGGCUCGAGCAGCUCGGGCUGGACCUGCGGGGAGGCACCGGGAGCCUGCGGGAGCUGCGGCUGCGGGCGGCGGCCGUGGACGAGCUGCUGGCGGGGGCGGCGGCGCCGCUGGAGCUGCGCGAGGGCGGCCUCGGGGCCGUGACGGUGUCGGUGCCCUGGGCCCAGCUGGGCUCCGAGCCCGUGCGGCUGCGGCUGCAGCGCCUGCGCCUCGUGCUGCGGCCCCGCCCGCCGGGGUCCCCGGGGCCGGGGUCGCCCCCCCCGGGGGGGUCACAGCAGGGCCGGGACCCCCCCCCAGAGCCGCCCCCGCUGGAGGGGCUGGAGGCGCUGGCGGUGACCAUCGACACAGUGCUGCGGCGGCUGCACGUGCUGCUGGAGGACACCGAGCUGCGCCUGGAGCUGCCCGCUCAGCCCGGGGGGGGCCCGGGGGGGGCCCUGGAGCUGCACCUGCCCAGGGUGGAGUACGAGGACUCUGGGGGGGGCGGGGGCCCCCCGGCCGUGCUGCACAAGGGGCUGCGGCUGCGCGACCUGAGGCUGCUGUGGCAGGAGCUGCCCCCGCCCUGGGCACAGGUGGCCGUGCCCCCCCCCGUGCUGGCCGCUCUCCUGCCGGGCCCCGCGGAGCUGUGGCUGCGCCUGAAGCAGAACGAGAACGUGCCGGGCCCGGGGGUGGAGCUGGAGGGGAAGGUGGGGGCCCUGCACCUGCUGCUGCCCCCCCCCCUGCUGGGGAUCCUGCGGGGGCUGCUGGGGGCCCUCGACCCCCCCGUGUCGCCCCCCCGUGGCCGCAGCCGCCCCCUGGGCCCGCAGGACCUGGCGCUGAUCGAGCGGGAGCUGAGCCGGGGGCUGGGGGGGGGGCGCGACCCCCCGAGCCCCCCCGGCAGCGAGCUGUUCUACUCCAUGACGGGGUCCCUGGGCGGGGGACAGCGCUGCCCCCCCCGAGGAGACCCCCACGGGCAGCCCCUCCCCCAGCCCUGCCGGCAGCCCCCGGUGCCGCCGCCCCUCCCCCCACAGCGGCGCCCCCCCAGGCCGGGGUCCCCCCUCCCGGGGGGGGUCUCUGCGGCUGCAGGUGACCCUGGGCACCGUCACCGCCCUCCUGCCCGAGCUGGGAGGGGCUCCCAGCCCCGCCCACCAGCGCCUGUGGGCGGAGCUCUGCGAUGGCCACGCCCACCCAGCCUGGGACCACGCCCUGCCCUUCCCCCACCUCAGGCUGUGUGCGGGGGGGGCCCAGCUGUGGCUGUCCCGGGGGGGCGCGGGGGGGCCCCGGGGGGGGCUCUCUCUCGCCCGCCUGGAGCUGCAGGAGGAGCUGCCGGGGGCGGAGCCUGACCGGAUACAGGUCCUGCAUUUCCCUGCCCCCCCGGACGCCAGCCCCGCCCCCGCCCAGCCCGUGCUCCGCCUCCGCUGGGGC